AUGCUUUUCAACAGAAUCAUCUUCCCAAUCGUGGUCGUAAUGGCCUCUGUUCUUGCAGCUCCAGUCCAGCCCAAGGCAGGUCUCGAUCGCAGAUUCAUAUACGCGAGCCCGGCCAUCGCCACGUUCGGCGACGAGGGCCCAGUCGAAGAAGCCUCCACAGAAGCCUCGAUUGACUGCGUUGAAUGCUUCUAA